CGGCGGCCUUCCGUGUCUCUACAGCCCGCCGUCCACCCGGAACUGACGUCAUAUGGCCGCGUUGACCACUUCCGUCCAACAGUUCCGCCAGUUCCGCCCCGACUUCCUGAAGGGGUUUGUCGUUUUCCAUGUGCUAUGAAGCGCUCAAAAGUAAGCGUGGCGACAUAAAACUACCAAGGACACGGAUUCAUAAACGAAAGAAAGAAAAACAAGUUGACCCUUGGAUUGAAACGUUUAGGUCCAGCCCACGUUCGGCCGCGCCUCGAACUGCGCACAGGGGGAGGGCCGCGAGGAGGAGGGCUCGUCGUCCUCAUCAAAAACAACAAUCAUGACACUGGCGCCUGCGCCUUUGUUCGAAGUAACGGCGCGUGGCAGACUUGUCGCGCUCUUCGCCGCUCGGACAUUCGAAACCAUUGCGAAAUCGCCCGUCGUCGUCCCGGUUGCUUCGCGUUUCAAAGCGGAAGUGGGCGGCGAUUGGCCGACGGUCGCGCACGGGCCCGACAAAGUCGAGCGACUCGAGAAAGUCGGACCAACUUCGCCGCCGCGGCGUCUCUGACGAGCAUGAAGCCGCUCGGGGGGCCGAAGGACUCCCGGGGAGGAACCGCGACGGACGGCGACCCGUGGAAGGCGCACGUCCUGCUGCAGCUGCGCCGCAGAGACCGCGAGCAGUGCCGCAGGUUCCGAGACCUCGUCUGCGCCUACUCCGGCCUGCUGGACAAAAGCGGCGCGACCGACUGGAUCCUGGCAAGCGGAAGACGCGGCGCCGUCUCGCCUUCGCGUGCGCAGCUCAAGAAGGCCGCCGGAGAGUUGGCGUAUCAAGUGGUGGAGAGGCAGCAGCAGAUGAAAAUGCAAGACGACGUUUUGGAGGAGCAGCGUGACAGGCUGCUGCAAGACGAGCGCCGGCUGGCGGGCGCGCGGGACCUGCGUCUGCAGCUGCGCCUGCGGGCGGAGCGGCUGGGCGAGCGGAACGGGCGCCUGAAGGCCGAGUACGACGCCCUGAUGGAGCGCCAGGGGCGGGCCGAGCGCCGCCUCAGGGAGGAGAAGCUCCGAGGGAGCGGCCUGCUGGAGGACGUCAUGGCGCUCAAGCGGCAGGCGGCCGCGCGGCUCAACCAGCGAAACCACAGACGCUCCAGAGCUCAAGACGUCAACCUGCAGAAGGAGCUGCAGACCGCCGCCACCUCCCAGGUCAACGUCGACAGCUCGUUGGGCGGCGCGCGCUGGAGGUGUUUAGCGCUGAAGAAAAAGCCGGCGGAAAAAAGUCCGGCGGAAAUCCAAGCGGAUUUCCUCCUCCUUCCUUUUCUCAGAUCUGCUCCGGCUUCCCACGUCUCUCCGAGGAUCCCGGCGUCCAUCCGAGAUCUCUUUGAGAGGAGGCGGGGCCGAUCCCGGCCGGCUGCGGAAGAGGAGGAGCCGGCGCGUCCCGUCAGGGUCCCGGCGGCGGCUCGAGUUCCCGGCCGAGCCCUGCACGUGCUGGAAGCCCACGAGCAGGGCGUCAACGCGGCGGCCUUCUGCCCCAGCUCCGCCCUGCUGGCCAGCGCGGGAACCGACAGGGUGGUCAAAGUGUGGCAGGUCCGAGCAGGCGCCCUCAGACACCAGACCACCUUGGACGGCAGCACGGAGGGUCUGACCUGCGUCCAGUUCGACCCCACGGGUCACAGGAUUCUGGCGGGCUCGUACGACAAAUCGGCUCUGUUGUGGUGCUUGGACCGCCCCGUUGCCAAGCUGACCCUGACAGGCCACGGCAGGAAGGUGACGGCCGCUCGCUUCAGCCGCCAUCAAGUGGUGACGGGAAGCGCCGACGGGACCGUCAGGAUGUGGGACCUUCAACGAGCCGCCUGUGUCCACUUGGCCCAAGCGUCGUCCUUCUGCAGCGACGUCGUCUGCUCGGAAAACGUGGCCAUCAGCGGACAUUUCGACCGCAAGAUCCGGUUGUGGGACACCAGGCUGUCCAGCUGCGUCCGCUGUCUGUCGGCGCAGGGCAAAGUGACGUCUUUGGACCUCAGCGCCGACGGCCGGCAUCUGCUCAGCUGUUGCCGCGACGACGGCCUGCAGCUGCUCGACGUCCGCCGGUGGAGCCACCGCGGCGCCGCCUUCAGAGCGGAAGGCUUCAAAUGUGCCAGUGACAGCACCAAAGUGGCCAUCAGCCCCGACGCUUGCUUCGUGGCGGCGGGAUCGGCGGACGGCGCCGUCUACGUUUGGAACGUCUCGGCUGGAAACCUGGAGGCGCGCCUGGCCGACAAUCACAGCGCCUCCGUCAGCGCCGUCUGCUGGUCGUCGUCCGGCGAGUACGCGGCCAGCGUGGACAAAAAGGGGCGGGCCGUCCUCUGGAGCGACCUCUGACGGCUGAAGGCGACGCCGAGGCCGAGGAGUGAAAUGCGGACGGUCCACUUCACCGGCGAGCCGAAACCUUCGCGGCGUUGCAUCCCUGCGCUCCGUCAAGCUUUUUCCGAAACAAACUGCUUUGCUUUUGCUUUUGCUUUUGCUUUGUGUUUAGGUGACGCGGCUUUUUCUGUUUUGUUUCUUCUCGUGCUUUGGGACUUUUUAAAUGACGCGUCAUCUGUUGCGUCGUGUGAAGAAUAAAAGAAAGGGGAAAAGUC